UCAGUAAAGCAUUUGGAUUGGAAAGUCUUGACACUUGUAACGGCUGGGAAUCCCACCCUUCUAAUACUAUUUAAUACAUAAUAAGUAUACAUUAAAAACCAUAUUAACAUAGCAAAACCCAAUAUCCGAAUGUACCAAAACUCUGUACACUAAUUACCAUAACAAUUUAACAACAUUAAACGUGAUUGAGGACUAGUUUGAAAUGAUUGCAAAUAAUUUGUUCAUAAUGAGACAGAUGAAUCAGUUGCAUUAUUUGUCAUUUUGCUGUAGUUGUACUAAUGAGACAGUGGGUUUAGUGAUCAAUACUGUGUUAAAAGUGUAUAACAGAAGUUUUUUACAGAAUGGUGCAUUUUGAAAUCAUUGUAUGUGCUACAUAUUUCCUAGCACUAUGCACAGCGCAACGCGGCACGGUCUUCGAGGCCAUAUCAGGCUUCCUUCGGGACACGGCGGAGCUGUACGAAGGUGAGCCACCAGACGCCACCACCAUCCUGCCGGAAUACGACUUCAUAAUCAUCGGAGCUGGUACAGCCGGUUGCGUGCUUAGCAACAGGCUCACUGAAGUCGAAGAUUUUAAAGUGUUGCUCAUCGAAGCCGGUGGUAACGAACAGAUGUUCAUGGACAUCCCGGUGCUGGCGACACUCUUGCAGUUCACAGAAGCCAAUUGGAAUUACUACACUGAACCGCAGAAAUCUGGCUGCAUGGGCAUGCGUGGUGGCAGAUGCGCUUGGCCCAGGGGCAGAGUUGUUGGAGGUUCGUCCGUGCUUCAUUCCAUGAUGCAUACGCGGGGUAACAGGAAGGACUAUGACCGAUGGGCAGCAAACGGCAAUCCAGGAUGGGAUUACAAAUCAGUACUCAAAUAUUUCAAGAGGUCAGAAAACAUGAAAAUACCCGAACUGUCAAAGGACAAAAAAUACCACUCCAACCGAGGUGAAAUGCCAUUACAAUAUCCUGAAUGGAGAACGCCGCUCUCUGAAGCUUUCCUAAAAGCAGGGAUCGAGACUGGUGGCAAGAUAGUCGACUACAACGGAGAAAACCAAAUCGGCUACUCAAUGAUACAAUUCACGAUGAACAAUGGUACCAGAGUGAGUGCCAGCCGUGCUUUCUUGCAUCCCAUUAAACAAAGAAAGAACUUCUCUAUCGCUAAACGCGCUAUGGUAACUCGAAUUAUAAUAGAUCCAAAACAAAAUAAAGCAUUGGGCGUAGAAUUUGAGAAAGGCGGAAAGAAAUACGCUAUCAAAGCCAGGAAAGAGGUUAUUUUAUCUGCCGGUGCUAUAAAUUCCCCUCAGAUACUGAUGGUCAGUGGUAUAGGUCCAAAAGACCAUUUAACAGAGAAGAACAUAAGUACCAUAGUCGAUCUGCCUGUUGGGUACAACCUCCAAGAUCAUUGGGCCUUAGGUGGAUUAACCUUCAUCAUCAACACAACUGAUUCCAUUCGAUCUGAACGGGUGGCCUCUUUCGACAACAUUAUUGAAUACUUUAGUUACCAUACUGGCCCUUUGUCAGCUCCUAGCGGCACUGAAGCACUAGCAUUUAUCGACACAAAGGACCCUCACAAUGUAAACGGGUAUCCCGAUUUAGAAUUGCUGUUUGUCGGAGGAUCUUUAGUUUCUCAACCGACAUAUAAACAGGCUUUCGCAAUAAAUGAUCGGGUGUUUGAUAAAGUUUACGGUCCCAUCCGUGACCGCGAUACUUGGAUGGUGUUCCCUAUGCUCCUGCUUCCAGAAUCAAAGGGUAGAAUAAUGCUGCGAGACAAGAAUCCUUAUCACAAACCAAUCAUCCAUGCGAACUAUUUUUCAGACGAAGGUCACGACCAAAAAGUAAUUCUGUAUGGAAUUAGAAAGGUAAUACAACUGUCGAAAACAAAGGCCUUUCAAAAAUACGGAAGUAAAUUACACGACAUACCAUUGCCUAAUUGUGCUCAUCACAAAUUCAAUUCGGAUGAGUAUUGGUUUUGCGCUAUGAAGACAAUAACAAACACGAUAUAUCACCAUUGCUGUACGAACAAAAUGGGCCCCAAAGAAGACCCUGAAGCCGUGGUGGAUCCAAGGUUGAGAGUGUAUGGAGUGUCUGGACUUAGAGUGGUGGAUGCAAGUGUAAUGCCACAUGUCCCGGCAGCGCACACAAACGCACCGACAAUGAUGAUAGCUGAAAAAGCAGCCGACAUGAUCAAGGAAGAUUGGGGUAUCCCUAUAUCAUUGAGGUGACUAUAAUUAGACAACAUGUUGGCAUAUCCCAGUACUUUGAAAGAAAUGUCUGAUUUUGACAUUGACCCGAAACAGUGAGGUUUUAAAUACUUUUCACAGUAACGGUAUAAUGUAAUAUAACACCCAAGUAUAUGCGUUAGGAAUUGUAAUGAACACACAUUUGAACAAAAGACCAAACUGGACAUUGUACAACGUCGAUUUGUCAUUAACGAAUGUGCGUACCAUUAUAUCAAGCCAACUCCGGCGUAGGCGACAUAUAAUUUUGAAAAGUAGAUAAUUGGCAUGAUUAAAGGUCAUAUAGAGAAGGAGUGCAGAAAAAUAAAAUGAAUAACAAUAUGCAUCACAAACAUAUUAAAUUCGACGGUCUAAUUUCGACCAACGGAUGACCACUGGUUAUAAAAAAUCUCUCAAAUUAAUUGCAUAGGAAAAUAUAGUUUUUCCACGAAGAAGGACAAUAUUUUUUAUGUUGGUGUAAAUUGCUAAUGUUAAAA